UUGUACUGAAACGCGCAUUUCACGCGUGUGAUGUGAUCAUCCAGAGCCCCUCUGCGCGCUCAUCACGUGCUUCAGUUUGAUCCAUCCUGCCGCUUCAAGCAGAACAAACUAUCUCAUUUCUCAGGAAAGGCUCGUGAAAAACCUACAAGAUUGGCGUCAAAAAGAUUAAACUAUUCGGACGCAUCGAGCUGAACGCGAAGGAAUCGGAUGUGAGUGGAAGUGUUGGGAAACCUCCAGGUCAGGACCAAGUGCCUUUCCUCGUCUCCGGCAGCCCGUGGGAAGUUUCUGUCCAUGUGAAACCCAUCUGACACAUAUGAUCUGCUCCCUACAACCUCAUUCUGGAACAGCGGGGACACUUCCAUAUCCAUAUAUUGUAUAACAACCAAGAGAAGACGAGACCGGAUCGUAUAUUCCUAUAUGAACUGUGAGAUUUGGGGUGCAUGCAUAAAUGCCAAGAAACUGCAUUAGAGAGACAUCGGCCAAAGAAAACGAGAUCUUUUUGUGGAAAAUGGACCCGCCGAAUAAGGAGAGACGGUCACCGGAGAACGGCCCCAGCUCGGCUCGGACCUGUUGCUCAAGCCUCAAGAUGUUCCUUGUGGCCUUGUCCUUUGCCUACUUCGCCAAGGCAUUAUCCGGGAGCUAUAUGAAAAGCACAAUAACUCAGCUGGAAAGACGCUUCGACAUCCCCAGUUACUUAAUAGGUGUCAUUGAUGGCAGCUUUGAAAUAGGUAACUUGUUAGUGAUCGGCCUUCGUGGGAGUUACUUUGGUGCCAAACUUCACCGUCUGAAGAUCAUCGCCAUCGGCUGCCUGUUGAUGUCACUUGGGACUUUUCUGAAUUGCCUCUGGCCUCAUUUUAUAAUUGACGAUGUGUUUUCUCCAUCAGAAGCCAGCCAAUUCAAUUUCUGUGCCAAGAUAUACGUGGACAUUGGGUUUGUCAACAUGGAGAGCAUUAGCAUCACCCCGGGAGAUGCACGCUGGGUAGGCGCCUGGUGGCUGGGAUACCUUAUUGCAGGACUCAUCACCACUGCUCUCUCGCGGUGCCGUUUUUGGUUCUUGCCCAAGUCUUUGCCCCUUCCAGAAAGACGGCUUGCCAAGUAUUCUCCAGAGCGGACCAGCUUCAUCAAAGACUCGCCCCUGCUGGAGCACAAGUACCAGGCAGACGAGCCAGCUAACUUCCUAGAAAUGGCCAAAGACUUUUUGCCAACACUCAGAUCCCUUUUGGGGAACCCAGUCUACUUCUUGUAUCUCUGCAUCACCAUCAUCCAGUUCAACUCUUUGAUUGGUAUGGUGACGUACAAGCCUAAAUACAUCGAGCAACAUUACGGACAGUCAGCGUCCAAAGCCAACUUCUUAAUGGGAGUGAUCAACAUCCCAGCCGUGGCCUUGGGAAUGUUCUCGGGGGGAGUGAUCAUGAAGAAGUUCAAGCUGAGCAUCAUGGGAGCAGCCAAGUUUGCGCUGGGAACAUCUCUCCUGGGCUACUUCCUGUCGCUUUUCUUCUUCGCCAUGGGAUGUGAGAAUGCCAGCGUGGCCGGCAUCACCAGAUCGUACACUGGGAUGGAAAGUCUGUACAAAGUGGACAGUUCUCUUUUAGCGUCCUGCAACGCAGACUGUCAGUGUCCCGAAACAAACUGGGACCCCGUGUGCGGUGAGAAUGGCCUCACCUACUUCUCCCCCUGCCUGGCUGGAUGCCGGACGUCCCACGGCUCUGGAAUAGACACGGUGUUCGAGCAGUGCAGUUGUGUAGCAGUCGGAAAUCAUACGGCCAGUGCGGGCCAAUGCAACUACAGAGACAGCUGCCAUCGAGUCUUCCCCUACUUCCUGGCUCUGUCUGUCAUCACUUCCUUUAUCAUCUCACUGGGCGGAACACCAGGAUACAUGCUGCUCAUCAGAUGCAUCAGACCUCAGCUGAAGUCUUUAGCUUUGGGUUUUCACACAUUGACGACACGCACUCUAGCUGGAAUUCCAGCUCCUAUAUACUUCGGAGCCAUCAUAGACACCACCUGUUUGAAAUGGGGUCAGAAGAAAUGUGGUGGGAGAGGAGCCUGUCGAAUCUACAACACCACUGCCUACAGGAUAGCAUAUCUGGGCCUGACGCUGGGCUUACGGACCGCUUCCUUCUUCCUGUGCAUUCUGGGGCUGGUGGUGUUACGACGGCACGUUCGGCGGCAAGAGCACAACACACUCGCAAACGGAGGCACGGCGGCCGGCGAACUGCAAGCCCUCAGGAAAGAAGAAAACAACAGCUGCAACUCGGACCAGUGCCCGCAGACCGCAGAUUACGACCCGGAACGGGAGACGCGUUUGUGACUUGUGACACAUGCCUGCACAGGGAGCAACAGGACUGUGAUGUUUCACUUUCUAUCGGACUCAUGUAAAUGAUGUGAAUUAAGUUGUUUUUGAUAUAGUAGAAGUAUUUCUUGAAUGUACAUGAUGUUUUGGGUAAAAAAGAAGAAGAAGAAUGUCUUUCAAACUACCUAACUUGUUUGGAUUUAACAUAAAGAUGCUUUUAGAAGCGUCAGAAGCCCAAAUAGAGGCAAUUAAGCAUUGGAUUUCCUCUCAUUUAAGCCAUCGUCAUGCACAGGCCCUAGAAGGAUAACAUGAUCACGUCUGUUGUAUCUCUCUCUUCUGCCAUACACACAGACAGAUGCCUGAAACAGUUGACCACGACACUGUGUGCUUAAUAUAGGUAGGCCUUGUUAAGCAGGCUAUAGGUUGACUAAGUUGGUGGAUAUCUCGAAAUGCGUGCCAUUUGUAUUGUCAUGAAGGAACGCAACGCUCACCAUUGUGCUUUUCAGUGUCACCUGACAGCAGUUCCUUCUAUUUAAGAAAUGCGCGAGGAACGAGCCAGAACUGUGCAAACAGGUGUGUGACACCGUGGUAUGUAAGUAAUCAUCUUCAUGAUCGAUGUUGUGCAAUGUCACCGUGAGAAAUGUUGUGUGUGUGUGUCGUUACGUGUGAACGAAAAAAGCAAAGUGUGAGAAAGCAAAGUCAACAUGGUCUAUUCUCAGGUCGUCCAAUCAAUUGUUCCUCAAAUUUGCAAAUAAUGUUCUUUUAUAUAUUUGUAUAAAUCAAUGUCUGGUUUCAGCUGGCGAAAAUAUUUCUUUGUCCUUGGCAAGGUUUGUUCAUUUCAGGCAACUGAAGUUUACCAGUUAACAAAGGAUUUUUAUUUGUGACUUGUAAAGCAAAUAAGAUGAGUGGCAUUCAUUACUUGCUUUUACGUUAGGCAGUAUAUAAUUUUAUUUGCUGGGAUUUUUUUUUUUUUUUUUGUAUACUUUAAAGUGAAUAUCCUGAUGUGUAAAAAAAAUGCAUUUAUGUGAAAGAUUAGAUAGGUUCUUUUAAAAAUAAAAUGAUUUACUACAUUUCGAGAAAGAACUACAAUCAGUAGCGUUUUUCGCUUUAAUCAUGAAAAUGGCAUAUACAAUCAAAGCAAAAUGUAAACGAGGCACUUAGGCAGGUGAUUUUUGCACCCAUUAGAAGAACAUAAGAUUAAUAAAAUAGCAUAUUCAACCACAUUUAACAGGAAGAUACCAAUACAACAAAUGCAUAAACAAUCCCCUUAUAAGACAUUUGAGUCCAUUUUCCAUCCUUAGGGAAUCAGCCAACUAUCCCAUCUUGCAUAGCAAUGACAACUAAGAACAUCUUCAGUUUUCUCCCUAAUUUUUCUGCGUCUGAGGGAGAGGAAGUGAGCGUGGAAGCCUCGUGCAUCAUAGAGGCAUGUACUGACUGCAUGGUUUUCAACGCCCACAUGGUGGGUGACGGCUAAUUCUUAGUAAAUGGAAAAAAAAUUAUAAUCUUAUUCCAAAAAAAAAAUCUAAUUUAGACGCAUUUUAUUCUGUUUUACAGUGCAGGAUAAUUUUCACAGUCUAUUAAUCUUCACACAAAUCUAAAUGGUUUUAAUUUUAACAUUUUGUGACUAGAAUAGGCGAACAGCCCUCACCAAUAACAGAGUAAAUCUCACCAAAACACGUCCAGGUCCGAUUAAACCCUACAAUCAAAGAAAAAAAAAUGCAAGCUAUAUUUUGCAUAAAAAAAAUUAUAAAUUCUCAGUGUAAUUUUUUUGCCUUGCAGUCUUGAAAACUGAAGGGGAAAUGCAAGGAAGCCCCUUUCUGCCAUUUAUAUCUCACAAUUCUGAGAAGAAGAAACUUAGAAUUGUGAGACAUAAAUAUAAAAUGUAAGACGAGAUAUAAAAAUCAGAAUUACAAAAUAUAAACUCAGAAUUUAUAUUUUCUUUCUUGAAAUUCUGAGUUUAUAUAUUAGCUCUUUUUCUUACUAUUUUUUUUUUCCUGCCACAGACUAAAAAACAAAAAAAAUUAGAUAACUGAAUUUUUAUCUCACAAUUCUGACUCUUUUCUCACAAUUUUGAGAUCAUUUCUUGCAAUUCUGAGAAAAAAAAAAUCUGAAUUGUGAGAUAAUUACCUUUAUGAUUUUUAUCCCAUGCCAGAAACAAGCUUCCAUUAAAAUGUGCUUAAUUGUAAUGAAACAUUUUUAAAUGAUAAUAAAAAUGCAAAACAAGAAAAAAAAAAA